UAACAUUUGCAGCUCCACCGAAUUUCAAGCCUCCUGAACCAAAACGCUUUGCUGUGAGACCUGACAAGACCGCUGAGGUCUUUGGAGCUGUUCUUCCAUUGCUCCUUCGCUUUGCUACUGGUGUUUUUGUUGCUGGGUAUUCUUUCUCAUUUGUUUCAAAGGAUGAAAUUCCACCAAAUCAGUAUGCUUUGGAAGUUUCAGGCUACAAGGUAAAAGAAACAGGGAAGUUAGGUCCUCGCCCAGAGAAGCCUAUUGAGAUAUACGAAUUCGAAGGCUGUCCAUUUUGUCGAAAGGUUAGAGAAAUUGUUGCCAUUUUGGAUCUUGAUAUUCUUUUUUAUCCUUGUCCGAGAAAUGGCCCGGUCGAUCCAAACACAGGUGUUUCAAUGUAUGAAUCAGAUGACAUAAUUCGUUAUUUGGUUGACAAAUAUGGUGAUGGAAGUGUUCCUAUUACUUUGUCACUUGGAAUUUUAACGACACUCACUGCUGGUCUUGGCUUGCUUGCUCGCGCCGGAAAGGGAUCAACUUAUACUCCAGCAAAGUUACCACCAAAGCCACUUGUAUUAUGGGCAUAUGAGGGGUCUCCAUUCUGCAAACUUGUACGCGAAGUAAUCGUAGAAUUGGAGCUACCACACUUGCUUAUCAAUUGUGCUCGAGGUAGCCCGAAACGACAGAUAUUAUAUGAGAAAACUGGACAUUUUCAGGCACCAUUUUUGGAAGAUCCAAACACGGGGAUAGAAAUGUUUGAGAGUGCAGAGAUUAUAGAGUAUAUAAAAGCAACUUAUGCUCUUCAAUGAGUGUUUGUUCUACUAAUUAGGUCUAAGACUAUAUAGUAUUUAUCAUUUAUAAAGUGUACAUAUCUGAGUUUGGAUUAUGUGUUGAAGAUCUCAAUUGUCUAAUAAGCUUGAACAAAUUCAAAUAAGUUCAGCUAUGUUGUAAUAAAAACAGUCAAAAUUAACUUUUGAUUUGAUAAAUUAAGCUGAACAAUCAGGUUUAA